UUUGCCAUCCUCGUCCUGAUACAUCUUUCCAUCUCUAAAAUAUGGCCGCUCCACAGCUUCCAACCAUGGGAAAGUGGUCCACCGGAAUAUGUGGUUGCUUUGAAGACUGCUCCAAUUGCUGUGUUACCUGCGUGUGUCCCUGCCUCACCUUUGCCCGCAAUGCUGAGAUAGUGGACGAGGGACGAACAUCUGCUUUUACCGCAGGCCGAAACUAUUUGGUGCUUUGCAAUUUCGUGCCGGUUUUGGGCGCAACUUUAUACGGAUGCAUGUACCGAUCCAAACUGAGACGCCGCUUUGAGUUGCCAGAACAGCCGUGCAAGUACUGCGGGGAUUGCUGUGUCCAUCAGCUAUGCUGUUAUUGCGCUCUUUGCCAAGAGCACCGCGAGCUCACAAACCGUCAAAUGGAUCCAAGAGGAGGUUGGAGAAAAUCCUAUGAUACGAUAAUGAAUCCAAAAGUAGCAGCUCCAAUUCCUGAACCGGGCAUGACUCGUAAGUAGGGCUUUCAUGCAUGACAGUUUGUUCUACAUUCAUGAUUCAUCCCACUUGAGUCAAGUUUGUUAUUCGCAUGUUCCUUUAAUUUUUCUCUUAUGUUCCUCAACGCUUAGUGUGUUCUCUCUCUCUCUCUCUCUCUCUCUCUCUCUCUCUCUCUACAAUUUCCUUUGGUGCAAAACAUCUUCUGUUUGGUGUUUGGGUUUGUGGUUUUGUACACUCUAAAAUGAAUGGAAUGAUUGGUGGUGUGUUAAUGUAAUUGAGAUUUCUUUC